AUGGAGACAGUAUCCGACUGCGUGGAGGAGUGGAGACAUAUCCUCACAGCAUUGAAGAUGUUUGGCUGGAGAUCUGCUGCAUUGGUAGGAGGCGCACUUCUGGCUGUUGGAGCUGCUGCUGCCAUGGCAUCGUCAAAUAAAGAAAAUAAUUCCAACCCUCUCAAAGUAGAUAUUAUAUUCAUGAAGCCUUCAGAAAUUCGCUUCAGUCAAGACGAUAUUGGGCCUAACUUUUCCUCUAAUGGAAAAAAAAAGGUUAAUGACGUCAUUCAUGAAAUCCUGCAGGGAGAGACUUUCGUUUCCGACUUCCCUCCGAUCUAUGUUUGGUACAAAAACGGUUCAUGGUAUUCGGAAAAUAAUCGUCGUCUGUACAUGUUUAGAGUCUUGGAAUAUAAAGGAAAAAUAUCGGAUAUAAAUGUAACGGAGGACGAUCCCCCAAGAUGGCGCCCAAAUACGUCGCGUGAUGAUGGAGACAGUAUCCGAUUGCGUGGAGGAGCGCAAACAUAUCCUCACAGCAUUGAAGAAAUACGCAAGGCUAAACGGGGCAGGGCAAUGCCUUUACAUCGGGAUCACGGAAACGUCGGAAGUCAUCAGGGAAGGCAAGAAGUUGUCGAAAGCAACCAGGGGUUUGGUUGGGGAACUGCUGCAUUGGUGGGAGGGGCACUACUGGCGGCCGGAGCGGCUGCCAUGGCGUCGUCAAAUAGAGAAAGUGUGAGUGUCGAAUGACAAGUAGUCCGUCAUUAGUUUGCUUGGAAAUUUUGUUCCUUCCAAAGAUUUCAUAAAUAUAUCGUAAAUUAUUCAAAAACUGGGUAAA